UGGUGGAGAGGGGUGCGGAAAAUCCAAACAGCCCGGGGUUUAUGCACAACUUAGCUUCCAAUGCAGUCUAACUGGGUUGCAGUUUGUUUUUGGGAGGACGGUUAGAAAUAGAAAGUCAUAGCUUGAGCAUUUUCCUCUGGUUUGCUUUAACCUCAGCCCCCCCCCCCCCCCCCCGUAAAGAAAGUGGGAUCGUCCAACGGUGAAGCUGUUGGAGUCGCUGUUAGAUGAUGUACUCAAACAGAUCUGAGCACAGAUCUGAGCACAGCCACAGGCGGCAGUACAGUGACAGAAGCUCGAGGCAGUGGGAUGAAUACGACGACAGACGGGAAGAACGACGUGAACCUCACCGAGAUUCUUACCAUAAAUAUGGAGGGGAUGGACACAGCAGCACAGAGAGGACAUGCAGGAGCAGAGAGUACAGUGACUCUCCUAAGAGGCUCUACAGUAAAGAUUCACUGAACAGAGACAGGAGCAGAAAAAGCCCAGUGAGGAGACGCAUGUCUUCACCCAUCUGGGAUCCGUCUGAAAAGAAAGGGCGACGGUUUACAGAGGAUGAUGAAAGCGACUACAGAUACAGAGGUGAGCCUCAGGAAAAAAGCUACUGGCAGUCAGACAGUUCUUCACAUGCACAUGUAACCAAGAAUUUUAAAGAUGCACCGCCGCAGGAAGAGGAUUUCAAAUACAGAAAAACACCUCAAGACUCCAAACAGAGACAUCGGCAUGAGGAGUUUACAUAUAGACAACGACACGACGAUUUAACUUACAGACGGUCGUCUGGAUGUUACAAAGAUAGAGAUGGACAUGAACGGAGCAGAGAUCGCUCACAGGAGAGGACACGGUCGCAGGAUCGCUCUACGAAGAAUUAUGUCAAACCCAGAGAGAAGACUGACAGCCCGUCCACAUCUUCACAUCAUGAGGAUUAUCGUCAGAACAAAACAAGAUUUUUCCUGAAUGAAUCCAGUAAACAGUCUUUUGAGAGUGACGUCUCCACCCAGAAUGCUGCUGUUCCUGAGCAGAAGUCCACAAAGGGUUUCCAGCGUUUCCUGGAUGUUCUCAACAAGGGCGUGAAUGUCGACGUUCUCACCAAGAUCGUGACUCAGACCUCAGCAGAAGUCAAGGAUCGAACUCUGUCUCCAAGUUCCUUCAUGAACUCUGCAGAUCGUCCGUGGAGGCAGCAGGGCAACCACCAGAACAAGUGGAGUGAGAGCGAAGGUUCCCACCGCAGAACAGUUUCUCCACAACCUCAUCACAGAUCCCUCAGUCCACAGAGGUGUCCUCCGUCCGACGACAAGCCUCAGCAACAGAGCGACGGCCGGCAAAACUGCUUCAAGAGCAGAUCCAGGUCUCCCUCAGUGGCGGAAAAGAUGACGCUGACACCUGAAGAUGAGCACAAACACAGGCAGAUGCAGGACGUUCUGCAGGCCAUCGGCAUGGAUUUGGGAUUCGAAGAGCUCGGCCAGAUGUCCCAUCGAAUCCAGGAGCGGCUGUACGGGAAGAAGGAAAGCGACAAGGUCCGCAAAGUGAGUAAGGAGAGCAGCACACAGCAGAUGUAUUCUCCGAAAUGUCGGAGCAGAUCGUCGUCGUCGAGCAGGUCUGAUUUUAGCUCGUUACCUCGAGAGUAUCACUCAAAAACAGACUCGUACUGCACUCAGAGGGAUAAAGCGGAGGUCCAUCAGGCUGUUGAUUAUGGCCAGGCGAUUAGCUCUUUACAGGACAGUGGGAAAUGUGAAGUUAACACCCAGGAAAGUUCUGCUGCAUUGCAACCAUUUUGUGCCACUUCCACCUACCCUGCAUCAGAGCCUCCUGCUGCACCCGUGAUGCCAACAUAUUCUCCCAUCAGCUGUUCACCAAUGCCAUACCCACCUCUGUCCCCAGCUCUGUCUCCGGCUCUGUCCACAGCUCUGCCUUCCCUUUUACCCCACGCUGCCCCCAGGGUUUUCAUGCCCCGCCUGCCUCCCUUCAUACCUUACCCCCGCAUCCACCCUCUGAACAUCUUUCCAGGUGUGCUCGCUCAAACAAGGCACCUUUACCCGCAGCACAUGAAUCAUCCACAGCCGCCUUUUUACAACCUUCCAGAUGGAAAUGCAGUUCAACCACUGAACACAACACAGAAAUCAAAGACGCUGUCGAGGCCCCGCUGUUUGCAGGUUAUCGAAACCAAGCAACCUGGAUGAAAACAUUUGCUUCAUGUGGAAAUGAGACUUUAAAACGGACUUCAGGGAGUCUCUUUUUAACCACAAAUCACAGAUUUGAUCAUUGCAGCAAAGAGCAUCAGUGUAUUAGCUAGAACCUGACCAGCAUCAAGAACACGUUAGCCGUGUUUCCAUAGCGUGUUGCGUUUCAGUACCGCAUUAGAAAAGGUUCAUGGAAAUGGCAAAAUAAGAAGGAAAACUUGCCCAGUUUUGCACAAAAAUGUUUUACGCUCGCUUGAGUUAGUUUUUGACAUUUUUGAAAAAGAGUUAAUGCACUUCAUGGGAGAUUGAAACACCUUUUUUGAAUAAGUUGUGACGUAUCUAAUGUUUAAAUAUCAUGACCAGAAGAAAUGAUUACAACCUGCCUGGCUGAAAAACAAUUUCUGAAGACUUUUCUCGAUUUUUCUCUUGUAGCCAGACAAAGUUGUGCUUGUUUAUGGAUUUUCUUUGAGGUUUUUUAAACAGUUGGCAAACAGCUGACUGUAGAAACUAACUGUUUCUGACUUCUUGUAGUCUGUUCACGUCUUGACGUAGCCUGUAACGCUACCUUCGGAAGACACUACACAACCUAGCUUAUGGAAACAAGCUUAAGUCACAUUUCAUUCUACAGGUUUUUUGUGAAUUUUUUUAAAGUUUACUUCGAAUUCACUUGAUAAAUAUAUGGAAACACGGCUAAAGAACAUACAGUAUUUGAUCACACAUGGUGGCGCUGGAGCCUCGUCCCAGUCUGCUUUAAACAUAGUGCAUAUAUCCCAAGAGAAAAACACUGAAUUAAUGUGCAGAAAGUGUUUUUUUAUCAAUCUGAAAGCUUUGUCUACUUAAUUUUGUUAAAAGUAGUAUAAACACAAUAAUUUGAUACAUUAUGACUGCUGUUGAAAUUAUACACAGAAGCCUUUAUCCUCAUCAGUCAGCACCACAGCCCACCUGCAACACAAAGAACUUUCUCUACACUUAAGCUUCUCUGUUUAUCAGGUUGAUUUCCUCUUUUUUUCUGUAUCCGUUCAGGAAACUGUUGUAUAAAUAUUGAACUACAUAUUAUUAAACAUAAUUCAAAGUCAA